UUUCACCUCUAGCUAGGCCAUUGGAGCUAAAUAGGUACAUAUCAAAUCAAUCGGGUAUCGUUCUACAGUUUAGUUCAUCCUGUUACAUUUAUAACUCUAAUUAUUUCUACUGCGAUCGGCCUCUUAAAUGCACUAAAUAUUUUAUGUAAUUAUUGUACUUUCGAUAUACUUGUUGUGAUUUCCGCUAAAUAUCGGACUACCGGCUUCUUCUCUACAGGUUCUACGACCUAAACAACCAAAGUUAAACAUGUAUGCUUGUGCAAAGUUCGCCCAGCCCACAGCCAGAUGCCUGGUAAGAUACGAUACGAUCAUUCUUAAGAGUAAUAUAUAUGUUUUCAUUCCAUCAACUAAAUGUCGUUAUAUCGUCUGUAAUGUGCAUUUUGAUAUAAUUCAAUUUUAUCAUUUGAGGAAGGGACUCUUCAUUGUUGUGUGUACUUACACUGGGUAGUUGGUGAUCAAUGGAGAGCUUAAAAAAAUGUGUAGAUUUUAUAAAUGCAGAUUAAGAGGGAGUAACAUUGAAUUACCCUUAAAUUUAAUCUGAAUUUCAUCUUUUAAUUUUUUUUUAGCUAGAAAUUUAUAAAUGAUAAAAUUUGUUUUUCUGUAUGACCUACUGAUGACCUUAUAGUAACUUUUCAUGGUACUGGGUACAUAAGUUUUCAUGAAAGCAAGAUGACACAUUUUAUUGAACUAUAUGAAUGAAUAACCCUGAAACUACAUCAGUUGAUAGUUGAUAAAGUGUGAGGUUAGCUAUUAAAUAUAUAUUUAUAUAUACUAUAAUAUACAUACAAGUUCCUGAAAGUUUUAUGAUGUGUGCAAAGUAGCCAACCUAGUCCUUGUAAGGCAAGGCCUAAAGGAUAAUUUGUUAUUUUUUUCAUUUUUAGAUAUGCCAUUGCACUUAGUUUAUCCUGGUUUCUUUGAUUUUAACAAAUUUUAGUGCAUUUUCUUCACUAUUGACCUUGAGUAAAGUAUGGUAGUGAAAGUCAAGUCAGUGAAUUUUACAUUGGCAUUCAGCUGUGUUUACUGGUGGGACAACAAUUUGUAAUCAAUUGUCAUGCUAGGCUAUUAUUUCUUUGGUUAUGUCUCUGUGUCAUCUAAAAUAGUUUCAAACCUCAUAUUAACAACUUGUUACCAUUUUCUUUAUUAGAGCAUCCUCAGUCGCUCAGCCUUGAGGCCAUUAGGGAGUACAGUUGUCCUAAAGACAGAGGUAAGGUUAUAAAUAGUCUUAUGAUUUUUAUAGUUUCAUAUUUGACCAUUCUGUUAAGUGACAUUUUACGUACUUUUCCUGCAAUAUGUCUUAGCUUUUUUGAACCCUUACAAGCUGAUUUAUGCUAUGUCCUAAAUGUUUUUUUUUCUUUCUUUUUUUAAAUAGCAACAGCCAAGUGUAAGUUUAUCUGGUUACAGUGGAAUCAGUGCUCUAAGUCUAGCAGCCAAAUCCCCCAACUUUUCAUCACUUAUUAGCCAGGUAAUUAGACAAUAUUUUUUUUUAGAAAGGUCAUGUUUUUGUUAGAUUUGUUGCGUAAUAAAUGUUUCAGAUGAUGAAAACAUGUUACAAUCCAGAUAUUUAUGAUGGCUGCUGUACAUGGAACCACUGAAGAAUGAAACAAUCCUUGUUUGUCUUUAUAUUUUUCAAUUACUGGUACAUAGGUUUUUUUUGUGAAACACUAGUGACAUUUAAGUUGUAGCCUUUAUGAAUUCCUUUUUGAAUUUUUUUUCUUUCUUUUUUUAAAAAAACUAAACAGUUCACUCUUUAGAACCCCACUUUAUUCUUUUCAUUUGAAAUUUAAAAAAUAUUUUAUAAAAGGUCAUCCAAGGUCAAAAGAAAAUAUUUUUAAAAAGCUGGGGGCAAUUUUGUUUUUGACAAUAGUACUUAUUGUUCGGGCUGUGGUUUUCAUCAAUUAUGUUCAGUAAAUUUAUUGCAUAAAGCCUGAGAAUAAUAAUAUUAUUAGUGUUUUUAUAUAGCGCUGUACGCCAGCCUAGGUAGCACGCUGUACAUAAACAAACAUAAUCAUGAACUUAAAAGAAAGAUAGCUCACCGUAUGUUUUCGUGGGAGGAAUAAUUGAAACUGGACAUUUCCGAAAUUGAAUGGCUUCAGCUUAGAAUAAAAUCUUAUGUGUAGCUUUGUUUACCACGCUUGUAUUUUGCAAUGGAUGGCAGUAAAGAAAAGUUAAUGGAGGGGAGGGGACAAGUGCGGGUAUCCAGAUAAGAUUGUUUCAAAUGAUGAAAACAUGUUACAAUCCAGAUAUUCAUGAUGGCUGCUGUACAUGGAACCACUGAAGAAACAAUCCAGUUGUAUUUUAUUUUAUAUAUGUUUUUACAAUGGUUUUUGUCAAGAACUGUUUCAAAGAAUUUUUAGUUUUAAACUUAUCACCAAGUAAUUGCUGGAAUUAAAUUGGAGUAGCUUUACAUCAGGGGUGGGCAAACUUUUUGUGCGGAGGGCCACAUUGACUAAUGUAAAGCUAUUGGGGGGCUGCGUGUAUAUUUAUGUCCAAUUUUUACAUUUUGAUAAACAUUUCUCUACAUUUAAAAAGGUAAAUUCACAUUUAAGCAUAACAUGUCAAAAGUCAAGGACUGUUAAUAAAAGUAGAAAGUUGAUCAAAAAUGUUAAAAUGAUCAUAGCGGAACCUGAAAUUCUGUACAAAAGUUCAACAAAAUAACUUGAAAACAAAUUAAUUUUUAAACUUUCUAAAUGCCUAUCGAGGGCCGCAUAUUAUCAGUUGCUUGCCUGCAUUCGGGCCAUAGUUUGCCCAACCCUGCUUUGCAUAAACCUUUAUAUUUAUAUGUAUUAGAGGGUUUUUUUGUGUUUUUUUUUUUUCAAAACUAACUGAAAUAUAAGAUUGACUUUUGGAAAAACGUGUUUUUUUUGUGCUGAUGGGAUUUUCAGAAUUUCUCUUUAUAUAUGUCAAUAUGGUAGUAAAUUGUGACAGUGAUUUAGGGCUCAUAUAUUGUAAAAGUAAUGUUAUAUUUUAGGUUUCAAAUGAUGAAAACAUGUUACAAUCCAGAUGUUCAUGAUGGCUGCUGUACAUGGAACCACUGAAGAAACAAUCCAGUUGUAUUUUGUUUGUGUUUUUACUAUAGUUUUUUGUCAAGCAUUUUUGCAAAGAAUUUUUUUAGCUUUCACCUUAUAAGAAUUCUUCCACGUAAUUGCUGGUGGUAUUGAAUUGAAGUAACUUAACAUAUUCUUUGUAAUGUUUAUAUGUUUGAAGGAAAAGACCCUGAUUAUUUUCUAAGGCUUUUUUGUGUGCAAAACUAACAUGGAGAUAUAAAGCUGACUUUUGGACACACCUUCUGUUCAGAUAGGAUUUUCAGAAUUUCUCUUUAUAAAUGUUCACAUUGUAGUAAUUUGUGAAGCUGAUUUAGCGUUCAUAUAUUGUGAAAGCAAUGUUAUAUUUUAGGUUUCAAAUGAUGAAAACAUGUUACAAUCCAGAUAUUCAUGAUGGCUGCUGUACAUGGAACCACUGAAGGAACUCUUCCCCCCCCCCCUUUUUUGGGUUGACUUGGCCAGAUUGGUGCAAUAAAAAAUAUUUUUCAUUUUUUAGAAUGAAAGCAAUGUUAUAUUUUAGGUUUCAAAUGAUGAAAACCUGUUACAAUCCAGAUAUUCAUGAUGGCUGCUGUACAUGGAACCACUGAAGGAACUCUUCCCCCCCCCCCUUUUUUGGGUUGACUUGGCCAGAUUGGUGCAAUAAAAAAUAUUUUUCAUUUUUUAGAUCCGAUCUUUCCAAACUAGUGCUGUUCAACGUGAUAUUGAUCAGGCUGCAAAAUAUAUUGGGGCUGGUGCAGCUACAGUUGGUGUCGCAGGAUCAGGUAAGAAUGUCCUUGGGGGUUUUAAAUAUAUCAUGAUUGAUAGCCUUUUCAUAUUUUUUUUGGUGUUUACUGGUUUUUUUUUUAAUGUUCAUUACAUGGUGUUUUUUUUUUUAAUUUAGGGGCUGGAAUCGGCAGUGUCUUCGGCAGUCUUGUUAUUGGCUAUGCUCGUAACCCAUCGUUGAAAGGACAACUGUUCUCCUUUGCUAUUUUGGGAUUUGCCCUCUCUGAAGCUAUGGGUCUGUUCUGCCUCAUGAUGGCCUUCUUGCUCCUGUUCGCAUUUUAACAAGAUUCUGAAAUUCAUAGAAUACAAAUUUCGUUUGUUAAUAAAAAAAAUAAAAUAAAAUAAAUUAGUGAUUGAACUAAAAUUAUGAUAUACGAAUGUUUGCGCAGUGUGUGUCUGCAUGAGGAGAGACCAAGUUUUUUUCUAUACAUGGAUAUUUAAACAACAUAAAUGUGCAUAGACCAAGAGAGUUGUGGACAAUUGCUUGUUAGUGGGCCAAGUUAUUUAUUAGUUUUGGGGCAGGUUGAUUGUACUGGUUGUUGUAAUUUAGCUAAAUGAGGCACAGUGACAGUAUAGACCGCCUACAAGACUGUUGACUAUACAAGGGACCGACAGGCAGUUGUACAUUGUUAGUGUAGAAGCCGACUAUAAAGCUGAUGGUUCUAAUUCCACCUCUAUAUGCUAUAUGGUACUGGUUUUGUUUUUGUGAUAUCAACUGUUUGAUGCAAAUAAAUUCAGUAUCAUAUCUCUUUAAAGUUUCAUCAUUUUCAUUUUUUAGCAUCACUUGUUGCACACAUUGAAAAUGGUGUAUGCUAGACAGAUGGGUACAAGUUGCAUAUAUUACAUAACUUAGUAAUUAUGUAGUAAUUUCUAUGUUAAAUUACAUAGUAAACCUUAUUUCCUUGUAUUUCUAAUUUGAAGACCAAAUUUUGGUUGAAAGUUGAAGUUUGUGUGAUUGCUGUACAGAGGUUUUCUUCCCAACCUUAUUUAGAUGGGGUUGUUAAGGAGAUAUUAAAUAAAAGUCUUGUCUUUUUUGAUAAAUUGACUUAUUUCUUUUCAUCCCUGCAGCGAAUUCAUUUUUAUAUUAAAUUACUUUGUAGUAAUUUCAUCUGUUACCUAUGUUUAUAUUUGACUAAAAAUGGUGGUGCAUAACAUUUUAAAUUGUAAUCCCAGUACAUCUAACUAACCUAUUUCAAAUCAAACACAUGGAUUGUAUUUUUUAU